UGUUUGCAGAAUGACCUCAGAGGUGAGGCGAAGCAUGUGAUCACGGAGACGGCCCUAACGACAACACAGACUAUUGCAACGUAGACAUUUGUUAACAGUCGCGCAGUGCUACUACUGUAUGCUAGAUUGAGAGUAAAUUUAACUUUUUCUUAAGAGCACCAGGAAAAGAGGAAUUCUUUCAAAGUUGCCAUGGCGCCCAGAAAAGGAAAGGCGAAAAAAGGUGCGCAAACUGUGAAAGACUACUUGCUUAUCUUCGAACAAGAAAUGAAGAGGAAGGCCAAAAUGUAUGAAACCAGCACUAAACUUUGGGAGAUAAGGCUGAAGAGAGCUCAGCAGGAUUUAGCCUACCACCGGAAGGAAAUCUUGAAGAAGACAACCGAGGUUGAACAAGUAAAAAGCGCCCUAUUCCUGGAGGAGAAGUGCGGUAUUGGCGUCACCGGUUUUUGGCUAAAAGAAUUAAAAGAUAAAGAUGAGAAAAUCAAAGCGAUGGGGGAAAAGCUCAAAAAGCAAGAAGAGACUGCAGCGAAACGGAAACUUGAGUUGGAAAACGCAAGGAAGCGAGAUCUCAAAAAGUUUGAGGAACAAAUUUUGAUGAAGAAAGCCACCGAGGCUCGGAUACAGAAAAAAGUUAUUAACCUUAGAAAGCAAAUGCAAGUGUCUAAAGCAGAAUACAGAGAAAACAUAAGAAAAACAGAAAAGAAAUAUUCAGUCUUAUUGAAUGAAUCAAAGGAGAAAGAAUGGAACUUCAUAUGCAGAGAAAGUGAGAUGAAUCAGUUGAAGGCUGAGCAAGACAAAAACAUUGUCGGAUUGGAAAGUGAACUGAUCAAAAUUAAUAAGGAAAAAACAUGGCUAAUUAGAAACCUAAAAUCUGCCUUGAUUGAUUUAGAUGAGCUGAAUCAACUGGUUAAUUCACUGUCUAAGGACAAACUCUCACUGGCAGUGGACAAAAAAACUCUGACAUCAACAUUAAGGAAUAACAUUUGUGAGAUGGAGAGUCAAAAACAGAUGCUUGAUGAAGUCACGGCCGAAGCUGCUUCCCUGGAGCAGGCCCUCAAGCAACUGAAAGAAGAAACAACAGAGAAUGAAAAAAGAAACCAAGUCACCAUCCAGGCCUGUCAGGUCGAGUUGGACAAACUACAGAAAAUUAUCGCCAUGCGAGAGAAGGAGAUCUGUCAAGUGAAGCAGCUGGCGAAGACCAUUGUGGAGAAACGCAGAGAAAUGGAGGUGUUUUUCCACGAAGCCCUGGAUAACGUCCGACAGGAGAUAUUUGACGAAAGAAAGCGGCACGCAAGGGAGGCCUAUCAAGACUACUAUCAGAAAUGUAGAGACAGAGCAGAAGGAAAGGGAAAGUUCCCCCUCAUCCGCACCUUUGACCAAAGUCCCAACAGCACCAAAUCUGUGUACUCAGACAUGAAGGCAACUGGAAAUUGGCCCCAUUACCCUGACAAAGAGGUUCACAUGUCUGAUCUCACUUGGGAGCAAAAGGAAAAAGUGCUCACUCUUCUCUUUGCUAAAAUGAACGGAAAUGCAGAAUGUGCAUCAAAAUCCAGUACGAUGAGGGUUGACUGUCAUUUCCGAAGUGCAGGCUGGCUCCACCCCCGUGGUCUACAAGAAGGUGGAUUUGUGAAAGUUCUGUAGGACGCAGAGCCGCCGAACGCUGUCAAAAGUUUAAUCAAUAAAUAUAUACAUUGAAAAAAAAA